CCCUCGGAGUCGCUCUCCCCAUACCUAUCUCUAUGAGCACCUCGCUUCCUUCCGGUCGGAUCCCGGAAGUGAAUCCUCCCCUUCUUUGGCUCGUGCUGCUGUUGCUGCUGUCGGCCUUUUCCCUGCCGCAGCCAUGAAACCUAUCCUGUUGCAAGGCCACGAGAGGUCAAUUACUCAGAUCAAAUAUAACAGGGAAGGAGACCUCCUGUUUACAGUAGCCAAAGAUCCGAUCGUUAACGUUUGGUACUCUGUCAACGGGGAGAGACUCGGCACAUACAAUGGACACACCGGUGCUGUCUGGUGUGUCGACGCUGACUGGGACACGCGGCGUGUGCUGACCGGCUCUGCAGACAACAGCUGCCGCCUCUGGGACUGUGAGACAGGGAAGCAGCUUGCUCUGGUCAGCACCAACUCCGCUGUGCGAACCUGUGGCUUUGACUUUGGAGGGAAUAUCGUCAUGUUCUCAACAGACAAGCAAAUGGGCUACCAGUGUUUUGUGAGCUUCUUUGACCUCCGUGACCCCAGCCAGAUCGAGGACAACGAGCCGUACAUGAAGAUUCCCUGCAGCGAGUCCAAAAUCACCAGUGCUGUUUGGGGCCCUCUUGGGGAAUUCAUCAUCGCAGGGCAUGAGAACGGGGAGCUGAACCAGUUUAGCGCCAAGUCAGGGGAGGUCCUGAUGAACGUCAAGGAGCACACCAAGCAGAUCAAUGACAUCCAGACGUCCCGAGACAUGACUAUGUUCAUCACAGCCUCCAAGGACAACACUGCCAAGCUGUUCGACUCCACGAAUCUUGAUCACCUGAAGACAUUCCGGACAGAGCGGCCGGUGAACUCUGCAGCCCUCUCCCCCAUCUUUGAUCAUGUGGUGUUGGGCGGUGGCCAGGAAGCCAUGGAUGUGACGACCACUUCCACCAGGAUUGGCAAGUUUGAGGCCAGGUACUUUCACUUGGGCAUUGAGGAAGAAUUCGGGAGAGUCAAGGGCCACUUUGGGCCCAUCAACAGUGUUGCUUUCCAUCCAGAUGGAAAGAGUUACAGCAGUGGUGGUGAGGACGGCUACGUUCGCAUCCAUUAUUUUGACUCCCAGUACUUUGAAUUUGAGUUUGAAGUUUGAACCUCUUCGUUUCCUCUUCAUCCUCCAUCUUUUCGAUCUUUGCAUUGCCAGCAGGGCCAGAAGUCCCGCUUUCUUCUAAGCGAAGCUUAACAGAGAGACCCAAACCAAAGCAGGGGGAUGGGUGGGCUGUGGCUGCUGCUUCGUUCCGGGGCAGCGCUAGGAGGGCCAGCGUCUUGUCUCUUCACAAGAAUGGCUGCUUCCUGCCCUGUUUGGCAUAUUUAUAACAGUAAUAUAGAAGGAAGUAAUAAAUUCUCAUUCUUGUUUGCAACCACAA